GCGGCCAUCGCCAGCUCGCUGAUCCGGCAGAAGCGGCAGGCGCGCGAGUCCAACAGCGAGCGCGUCUCGGCCUCCAAGCGCCGCACCAGCCCCAGCAAGGACGGCCGCUCCCUCUGCGAGAGACACGUCCUCGGCGUCUUCAGCAAGGUCCGCUUCUGCAGCGGCAGGAAGAGGCACGUCCGGCGGAGACCAGAACCCCAGCUGAAAGGGAUCGUGACCCGGCUAUUCAGCCAGCAAGACUUCUUCCUGCAGAUGCACCCGGAUGGGACGAUUGAUGGGACAAAGGACGAAAACAGCGACUACACCCUCUUCAACCUCAUCCCGGUGGGCCUGCGUGUGGUGGCCAUCCAGGGCGUGAAGGCGGGCCUCUACGUGGCCAUGAAUGCUGAGGGCUACCUCUACAGCUCAGACAUCUUCACACCAGAGUGCAAAUUUAAGGAGUCCGUCUUUGAGAACUACUACGUUAUAUAUUCCUCCACGCUGUACCGGCAGCAGGAAACCGGGAGAGCUUGGUUCUUGGGACUCAAUAAAGAAGGGCAGAUCAUGAAGGGGAACCGGGUGAAAAAGACCAAACCAUCUUCACAUUUUGUACCCAAGCCCAUAGAAGUGUGCAUGUACAGAGAGCCUUCGCUGCAUGAAAUCGGAGAGAAGCAAGUGCGCUCCAGGAAAAGCUCGGGGACGCCCACCAUGAAUGGAGGCAAAGUCGUCAACCAGGACUCCACAUAGCUGAGAGAAGAGCCACCCGCCCCUGCAUCCGACUUCUCCCCAGCCCGCCCGCUCGCCCGCCAGACCACCCACGGAACCCUCACGGAGACAGCAGCGAGAAACUGACCAAGGCAGGAGCUUCUAGUAGCGGCUAAGAUUCUGAACUCAACCCUUUCCUUUGUGUAGGAUGAGGAGAUCUUGCCUGUUGCGACGUUUUAGAGUACAGUUACACACAUACAAACACGUACACAAAGCGAAAGGGGGGGGGAACACCACCGCCUAUUUUCAAUCCGGACUCCAUUAACAUUUUAAAAAAACAACAGCAAAACUGUUUGCUCUUGUGAUCGA